AUGUCAACCCGUGUGUACUUGGGCCGUCUCGCCAGAGAUGCCUCCGACCGUGAUGUCGAAUCCCUCUUCAAAAGCUACGGCAGACUCCGUGAGGUCACCCUCAAGAACGGAUUCGGCUUUGUCGAGUUCAGCGAUCCCAGAGAUGCCAAGGAUGCCGUCUAUGACUUCCACGGCAAGGAGUUUAUGGGCGAGAGACUUGUUGUCGAGCUUGCCCGUGGUGACAGACGAGAUCGCCGUGAAGACAGAGACGAUCGCAGAUUCCGCCCCCCAGAGAGAACCGAGCACCGCUUGAUUGUCGAAAAUCUCGCUCACGGCGUGAGCUGGCAGGAUAUCAAGGACUUUAUGCGCAAGGCCGGUGAGGUUACCUUUGCCGAUAUCAGCAAGGACAACGACGCACAAGGUAUCGUUGAGUUCUCGUCUGCUGAUGAUGUUCAGAACGCUCUUAAGAGCUUGGAUGGUGAAGAACUGAGAGGAAACGUCGUCACUCUCCGUGAGUUCGAUCCUGCUCGUGACACAGCUCCUCGCGAUAUGGGCCGUGGUGGUGGUGGUGGUGGUGGUGGUGGUGGUGGUGGACGUGACAGAGAUCGUGGCCGUGACCAUGGCCGGGAUCGUCGUCGUUCGCGUUCGCGCAGCAGAGACCGUGGUGACAGAUACCGCCGCGACCGCUCGCGCACACCCAGCCGUGAUCGCCGUGACAGAUACCGUCGUCGUUCCCGCUCCCGCAGCGCUGGUCGUCGUGACGAUAGCAGAGACCGUCGCGGAGGUGGCGGACGUCGUCGUUCCUCCCGCAGCCCUGCUCCUCACAGCCCCGUGAGAGGUGACCCUUCUUCUCCCGCCCCCGCAGGUGGCGCUAGAGAGCAUAGCCCUAUCGGUGGCGAUGCCGGUGCUGUCAGAGAGCGUUCUCCUUCUCGUGAGCGUUCCCGCAGCCCUGAGCAGCGCGAGCGUUCUCGUAGCGCCAGCCGAGAUUAA